AUGAUGGCCGAAUAUUGCACGGCUUCCUUGGAGCUCUUUCAAAAGCACAGGAAUGAUUAUAUCGACUAUAUGGAUGGCCAUGUUGAUGAGAUCAAUAUAGCGUACAGACUUACACAGGACGUGGACUGCACCAUUAAGGGGCCGCCCUCAAUCCCGGACAGAUUUGCCAAAUGGCGCGACGAGUUGAACUAUCACUUAUGGAACACGUUUAAGCCACGUGAAAGCUACGAGAAAGUACUUCCAGAGUUGAUAAAGGAACUGAAAGAGGCAAAGCUGAGGGCAGCCAACGGUUUCCAGGUCCCAAAGCUGAAGCCUACCUCCAAAGCUGCCCACUGUUCUAAGGCCGAAAUACCCUUUGACAACGACAAUGAUGAGAUCCAGUACCACGAACAGUUGCACGACUUGGAAUUCAACGCGCCGUACCACCUGCAGGCUUUCAGUGGAUCAAACCGCGACCUCUACGUGUCAUACAUGAAGAAACGCCAGGUUAAGAAAAUGGUGAAGACACUGAAGGAAUGA